UUGGUGUCUUCACCUGAAGUUUUCAAGUAUUGCACCUCUUUGGAGAUUUCAGAGAAUGACAAUCUGCCAAAACAACUGUGCCUGUUGUGUUUAGAGUUAUUGAACAAGUUCUACAGUUUCAAACAAGUUGUUUUGAAGUCUCAUGAGGUUUUGCAACAACAUGUCUAUGAUGAAGGAAAAGUCAAGAUAGAAAAUGAGAUUGUGGACUGUGAAACAACCACUAUACCUGAGGGAGUGUCACUGCAGGAUCUAGAAGUGGUGACUGAUGCAAAUAUUAUAUUAACAGCAGAUGAGAAUUUACAGCAGUAUUCAAUAAUCAAAAAAGACGAAAACAAGCUGAACCCAUAAAACUAAAAUACGAGCGC